AUGAAUCUGUCUUUGAAAUUUCUGAAAUCGAAGCAAACCCAACAAAAAUUUCCUUUGCUUAAUGGAAAAUCUGCAAGUGGAAGCAGAUUUUGGGCUUCGGAGGUGGAUUUUAGACCCAAGUCUAGGGGUACCCAGAUCGCCGAACCUGGUUUUUUCAUAUCGAUUCUGCGGAAUUGCGCCGUUUCUCGAUCUUUACGGAUUGGGCAGAUGGCUCAUUGCUGCAUCCUUCGAAUUGGGAUCGAAUCGGAUCUGUUUGUGGUGAAUAAUCUUCUUCACAUGUACUGCUCUUGUGGUUCGAUUUCUGCUGCAGUCCGAUUGUUCGAUGGAAUGCGUGUGAGAGAUGUUGUUUCUUGGAACACCGUAAUUUCAGGAUUCGUAAGAUUGGGGUUCUUUGGAGAUGGGUUUCAUUGCUUUCGCAAGAUGAAACGGGAAGGCAUCAGUCCUAGUCAGUCUAGCUUUGCUUCCGUUCUGGUCGCUUCAGUCGAGAUGGGUAGUUUCAAAAAUUGCCGGCAAAUUCAUGGUGAGAGUUUGAAGUGUGGGUUAUCUUCUGACUAUUGGGUGGCAAAUUCACUUAUGACUGCUUACAUCAAGUGUGGAGAAAUCAUGGAUGCAAGGAAAGUGUUUGAUAGAAUGCCUAAUUUCGAUGAAAUUUCUAUUGAAAUCUUGUUAAAAGGGUACAAACAGCAUGGAAAUUCUGAAGAAGCUUUUGAGUUAUUCAGAUUUUCACGUGCAGAAGGCAUAGAUUUCAGCUCUUUCACACUUUCUAGUUUAAUUAGCUUAUGUUCAAGCUUAGAACAUAUUGAUUAUGGAAUCCAAAUUCAUGUGUAUGUUGUUAAGCUCGGGUUGGAUUUGGAUGUUUCUACAAUGAAUUCUCUUAUUACAUUUUAUGCAAGAUCAUAUCUUUUAGAGGAUGCAAUCUGUUUGUUUGACUGUUUAAGGCAGCCUGAUGUCAUCACAUGGAAUUCACUGAUUGGUGGCCAUGCAGUUAACGGUUUUGGAGAUGUUGGCAUCAGCAUUGUUGGAAGGUUUUUGUGUAGUGGAAUGAGGAUGACUGAUUCUACAUUUUGGAGUUUUCUUUCUUGUUGUGCAACUGUUACUGUUCUCGAGAAUGCAAAGAAGGCUCAUGUUCUGAUAUUGAAAUUGAGAGACUGCAUGGAUGAAGGAACUGAUAAUGUUAUAUUGACCAUGUACUGUAGGUGUGGAAGUUUAAGCAAUGCAAGUGCUCUGUUUAAAACAAUGGAAGAGAGAGAUGUUGUGUCAUUCAAUCUGUUGAUCAGAUUGUUCAGAGACCAUUGCUUCUUUGAACAAUCAAUCAAACUUUUCUGUGGGGCCCACUCGGAGGGGUUUAUUGAUGUAGAUGAGAUAAUGUAUUCAAGCGUCAUUUCUAGCUGCGCGAAGUUGGCUUGUUUAGAGAUAGGACAACAGAUCCAUGGCCAAAUCAUCAAAACUGGUUUCGAGACUGUUUUCCCACUUGGAAACUCUCUCCUAGGAAUGUACUCUCAAUGCGGAAGUUUAGAUGCCAUGGAGAGAAUUUUCAGCGAAACCAACAGACCUGAUCAAUUCACAUGGAAUAUAAUGAUCAUGGGAUAUGCCUGUUAUGGAUUCGUUGAUGCAGCGAUUAGAAUUUGGCAGGAAAUGAAGGAAUUGGGUGUAGAAUUUAAUGAAUUUUCUUAUUGUGCUAUGAUAGGUUUGUGUGAUCAUGUUGAAACUUUGGUUCUUGGUGAACAGAUCCAAGCACAUAUUAUCAAGUCGGGCCUGAUUUUCGAUACAGCUCUCAUGAAUUCUGUACUGACCAUGUAUGCCAACUGUGGAAUGAUCGAAAAGGCAUUCGCGGUAUUCAAAGAGAUCCAUUCUGUCGAUUCUAUCUCAUGGAAUUCCAUGAUUUCUGCUUAUGCCCAAAAUGGGUUUGCUGAGGAAUCUCUGAGAUUUUAUUUGUUGAUGACCCGGCGGGGCAUAGAACCAAAUCAUCUCACAUUUGUGAGCAUUUCCAAGGCAUGUACUGUGCUCGCAAAACUCGCACUCGGCUUACAGUUCCAUGCUCAAGUCAUAAAACGAGCGUUUGAAUCAGAUGUCUCAGUCUCCAAUGCAUUCAUCACCACGUAUGCUAAAUGCGGCAGCAUCCAUGACUCGUUCAAGAUCUUCCAAAGCACUAUCCAUAAAGAUGUAAUCACAUGGAACUCCAUGGUAUGUGGUUACGCUCAUCAUGGGUGUGGAAAAGAAGCGCUUGAAAUCUUUGCCCAAAUGAAAAUUUCUGAUGCAAAGCCGAAUGAAGUAACAUUUGUCAGUGUACUUUCUGCUUGUAGCCAUGCUGGUUUGAUAUUAGAAGCAUGGGAUCAUUUCUAUUCCAUGCCUACAGAACAUGGGAUCACCCCGAACGAGGAGCAUUAUGCUUGCAUGGUCGACAUCCUAUGUAGAGCCGGGCAACUGAGAGAAGCAAAGGAUUUGAUUGAAAGCAUGCCGUUCGAUCCAUGUUCUUUGAUUUGGAGAACUCUGCUUAGUGCUUGUAGAGAUAAUGAGAAUGUGGGGCUUGGCGAGGAGGCUGCAGCGAGGAUAAUGCAGUUGGAGCCGCACGAUUCAGCUGCUUAUGUUCUUCUCUCCAACAUCUAUGCCUUGGUGGAGAGGAAAGGAGACAAGGCUGAGAUGAGGAAGAUAAUGAAAGACAGAGGGGUGAAGAAGGAAGUCGGUUUUAGUUGGAUCUAA